AUGAAUGAAAAAGGGUUGACAUUUUCUAGAAAAGAUAAGUAGAUUGGUUAAAGAAUGGAAGUAUUAUUUGAUUAUUUACUUCAAUAUCAUCCAAAACUUAAAUCUUAAAACUUUUAGCCCAACCCAUUAUUUGUGAGUUUUAUAUCUGUUGCUGCAAAUGGAGAGUAUAGAAAAUCCAAGAUAGAUAUAAAUUACAAUUACUAAAUUUGA